AUGUGUCUACAAAGUGUGGAGGUAACAGAUUAUACAACAUUUUUUGCAAGCGAUGCUCGAACGUAUAGUGGUAAAAUUCGUGGAUAUUUUUCGAGUAUUUGGAAUGUAGUUGAUACUUUGGCAAUUACAUUAUUUUUUAUUGCAUUUACAUUACGUCUAUUACCUGUUGAAAAAUGUUUUUGUGUGGCUAGAAUUAUUUUUGCACUCGAUUUAAGUAUUUGGUAUAUGAGAACAUUGGAUAUCUUUUUCGCUGUGCAAAAAUUAGGUCCAAAAUUAGUUAUGAUUGCGGAAAUGAUUCAUGAUUUAAAAUUUUUUGUUUUCAUGUUAACCGUAUUCAUGUUUUCAUUUGGUGUAUCGGCUUAUGCUCUCAUUCACGGCGUCGAACCAUUUUCAUGGCACUUACCACGAAAAAUAUUUAACAUUGCUUAUUGGGAAAUAUUUGGUGAAGUAACCGUUUUAGAUAUGGUUGAAGACAGUUAUGGACCAGCAGGUUAUCUGACGUACUUUCUCUUGGUUUGCUAUAUGGCGGUUGCUGCCACAUUAUUAGUUAAUUUAUUGAUUGCAAUGUUCAGGUAA